AUCCUUCGCUAUUCGCAAACCCUUCCACUACUCCUCGGGGGUGCGAAUCGCUCGCGCGGAGUUGAGAUCGUUGGAGCGAUAUAGGUAUCCGUUUCUUAUGAUCAGGUUACAGGUGCUUUGAGGAUUUGAGUAGGUGCUCAAUAUGGCGGAGGAGAACACAUCACAGAUGAAAGAGGAGGUGCCAGAGCUUGCACCUUUCGAUCCUACAAAGAAGAAGAAGAAGAAGAAGAACGUGGUGAUUCAGGACCCUGCAGAUGAGGUGGAUAAGUUGGCUGAGAAGACUGAGAAUUUAACAGUUGCUGAGUCUGGUGAGCCAAGCUUUGCUGGGAUGAAAAAGAAAAAGAAGAAACCAGUGGAAACUGAUUUCCUUAAUGAUGAGAAUGGGGAAACUGGAGAGGAUGUUGUUGAUGAACAAGUUGGAGAGGAUGAAGAAGGAGAGGGCAUCAUGUUGGGAGGGACGACCCGAUACCCUUGGGAAGGAACUGAUAGGGAUUACAAGUAUGAAGAGCUACUUGGUAGGGUCUUCAACAUACUGCGCGAGAAUAAUCCAGACCUUGCUGGAGACAGGCGGAGGACUGUUAUGAGGCCUCCUCAAGUUCUUAGAGAAGGAACAAAGAAGACUGUAUUUGUGAACUUCAUGGACCUAUGCAAGACGAUGCAUAGGCAACCAGAGCAUGUCAUGACUUUCUUGCUUGCUGAAAUGGGAACGAGUGGAUCUCUUGAUGGGCAGCAGAGAUUGGUUGUUAAGGGAAGAUUUGCUCCGAAAAAUUUUGAAGGCAUUCUGAGAAGAUACGUUAAUGAAUAUGUCAUAUGUAAUGGCUGCAAAAGUCCAGACACAAUUCUUUCCAAGGAAAAUCGUCUAUUCUUCCUCCGUUGCGAACAGUGUGGUUCUGCACGAUCUGUUGCACCUAUCAAAGCUGGUUUUGUUGCGCGUGUCGGUCGUCGCAAGGCUGGAACAUAAACGUCCUUUCUGCAUACAGCUUAUCGACUGUCGCCAAAGAUUUUGAAGUGAAAUGGAGUGGCCUUACCUUCUGCAUGUUGUGUUUGUGUUUGCUUACAGUUUUGUGCUUAAGUUUUGCUGUACUCUAUUCUCAAGGAGACUUAAUGGUGCUUACAUUUUCUUUCUUUAGUGAUCCUUAAUAACGGUAUGCUACAUUUUUUUUUGACUAUUUCAUCAAAACCGAUAAGCUAAAUAUCAAAUCAAUUACCUACCUUUGUACUACUGAGAAAAACAAAGUCUGGGUUUACUCCCGUAA